AUGAUUGCGAUUACGGAGAACCGUUUAAUAUUUAUCUGCGGCCCGCGAAAUCUAGUUUUGAGCGAUGCCUUGCAGCGUCACAUUUACCAUUUCAGUUUUACUCAACCACGCAUACUUCCUUGGGCUCCAUCCACUCCAUUGACUCAGGAGAUAGCCAAGAUAGGGAGUGGUUUAGGUGUACUCUUCCUAAACAGAGGACGUCUACAUAUGCCACUUCAAGGAUGUGGUGGCCGCCCCUCACCACUGUUCUCUCCGGACAAUGAGGUGACAGUGGAUCCCGUCACCGGCAUCCGUUCAUGUGUGGUGGAUCCUAUGUCGGAAUCACCAAUAGGGUUUCUUUGCGAAGGCAAGAUUGAACCUAAGGAGUGUAUGAAAUUCCUCCUGGAUGAGAAUGGCAGAGUUAUAACCGCUCCCCCGCCUCAUUCAUAUUGGGAUAUACAAAACGAUGGACAUUUUGUAGUAGCCAAGUAUUUUGACCAAUUGCCAUUACCACCAAUCAGUGGAAAAUGCAGAUGCAUAGAUCCAGAAACCGGUCAGGUGAAGGCCAAGAUUGAGAUCCGUUCGAAAACCGACUACAUUUGUGACAUUACCAGCAUGAUCGAACGCAACACCUCGCAGCCCAUCCGUGGCCCUUGGUGUUCGGUGGUACUCCAACCGGGCAGCACCUUGACCAUACGGUUCCCAGCAGAAGAUGUUAAUACGGAGCCCUCCGAAAAAGAUUCACCACCUGGCAUGCCCCCUCAAAAGCGACCUAAAUAUGUAUUCGAUACUGGAUUUAUGCCGAAGGAUUUAGCUACGCUUAGACAAUUGGCAAGUGUCUAUGGCUUUGACAUCUAUGACCAGAUCUCGUACCAUGAUGCCAUUUCUGGCGACGCCCUUCAGUUGGAUGUGUCACAAAUGGGCAGAGGAGAGGUGAAUCUGAGUUAUCAUGCGGAUAAACCCAUGGCUUUACUACAUGGGACAAACUCGUUCUAUUAUCACUGGACUUUUAUAUCUGGAGACAAGAAUGUUGCAAAGAAGAUACGCGCUACCAUCAAUGUGGCCUUUGCGUUCACGCAUCAUUACCGGACUAUCGGUUGCGACCGAGGGACACCAAGUGUAUUCGACCCAGAUAUUAGCCAGAAACAUUGCUCAGCAAAAUCUAUGGGGAAUGGUAUAGGGGAUGUUUACGAAUGCAAAGCCCAUAUUAAAGAGGGCUUUAGGCAGGCUGGUAUUUACUGCAGGCCGGAUGAGGAGCUGCUACCGCACAAUUGCGAGUCCAUGGGAUACGAUCUCCACAAGAAUAGGAUUAUUUCAAUUCCUGGAUCUCUCCGAAAUGCAACUACAUGUCCCAGUCAAGGGUUCCAGCUGUUCGACUAUUUUUUCCGCGACUAUAGCCCUGUAAGCUAUGCGUGCUUUUGUGUAGAUCAACGUGGAUACGAAAAAUCCAGGCUUAUUGUAACGUCGCAUCAUCAUGAAAAGUUUACCUACAUGGUGAAUCGCGAAAAGGCCUCUUAUACAUUGAUUCCCUACGUACUGCUGCCUUGGCGUGAGGUUGGAUUAUCAAAAAGACAAAUCUCACCUAAAUCCAUUAUGCUAAACAACAUAUCUCAAGAGUCUGUCUUCCUGCAAGUGGGUAGAACAUUGUUCCUUACCUGUGGAAUUGCUGCUGAUGGGUCGUCAAAUUGUGAUUGCAUAAACCAUUGUAUAGAUGAGGACUUUCCGGCGAAAUGGCUUCCAUCACAACUUGAAGAAUUCUAUUAUUCGGUAAACGAAACUUCAGAUGCGAUUGAACUUGUAAAGACAGCAUACGUUGAUACAAUUGCUACAACUCCAGGUGGAUUGAUAUUCGGAUACCACAAUGAAGAAAAUGGCACUCAAUGUAGUACGUUAGUAAUUCAAUCGACCAUGGAUGCCAUUCUGAUUUCAAAAAAUCCAAUUCAUCAGCAAUAUGUACCCAUGGCAUUUGUCUGCGGCAAAACGCCUGAACCGUCGGAUUUAUCCGUUACCACUCGCAAUGUGUCAGCUUCAAACGCACAUCCGCAUCGCCUUUCUAAGGUGAUGGGGUUGUCAAUAGGAUACACGUGGUACGUAGUUCAAGUUAAUGUCCAGACCACCGACCCACAUAUGCAGGGCUGCGGCGUUACAUACGAGUCCACUGACCUGUUCAAGCCUGAGACUCCCCAACUCUACGACGCUGACGGAAGGCUUCAGUUCGGUUGUAAUAUUGACCUUAAUGCUGCCAAGGAGACGGCGUUCUACUGCCCAGCGCCGUAUGUCCUGGACCCACCCAACUGCUUCAGCCAGGUCUACGUGGACGGUGAAGUAAGGAACACUCGUGACAUCAGCGAAUCGUUGGUGGCGUCGCGCUCCAACCACUUCGUCAUCUUGAGCCUCGAUAGUUCUCUUGUAGGACCUGGGGAGACGCUGCGCCAGACGCCGCCAUUGGAGUGCCGCUGCGUCACCACCAAGGGUGUCGUGCUCUCCACCAUCCAGAUCGAGAACUACUACUCGAAGUGGUGA